GUGAUAGCUAGCUACGUACAUAACUUGUUGCGGUUCGUUCCAAUUUGUCCCCUGAACGUGAGCAAUGUUUCUACUUUUGCUAUCGAUCUUCACCGGAUCACUCGUAAAAGUUCUUGCCACCGACCCAGAGGCCCUUUCAAACAGCUGCCUGAAAGCCCAUAAUGAAUAUAGGACCCGGCAUGGAGCACCACCCUUGAAAUGGUCCGGUGAGCUCGCAGAGGAGGCUCAGAAUUGGGCCAACCAUCUAGCAGCAAUUGACCAGAUGGAAAGAGAUCCAACCACACAAGAAGGAGAGAAUAUCUUCUAUAUGUACGGUGGAGACCCCUCUGAGGCAUGUGACAGAGCCGUGGAAAACUGGUACUCGGAACUGAAGAAUUAUGACUUGAAAAWUCCGCAGGAAAACAAAAACACAGAUCACUUCAGUCAACUCGUGUGGAAGAAGACCAAAGAACUUGGUGUCGGAACAGCGAAGAGUAAAUCAGGGAAUUUCUUUCUGGUAGCUCGCUACACUCCCAAGGGAAAUCCAGAUGUUGUUCUUACCCUCAAUCAAGAAGAUCCUCAAGACAUGUUCACUGCAGAAGACAAACCAGAAGAAACAGCAACUUCACAAAACGAAGCUUCUCACAAACCUGAUGACAAUGCCAGCUCUGAGCCUGUUAUCACCAUAACAACAACAAAAGCUCCUGAUUCAUCAGUUCCCAUGACAACAGGAAAUUCUUCCGAUUCAAGUUUGGGCGAAAAAGAACCAUCUUCUUCGUCUUUGUCUUCCCAGUCUUCGUCUUCGUCGUCAAUCGUUAAAAGUAAUGACAACAAAAAUAAUUCUGGUAAAGAUGUUGCUAUGGAACUCGCUGCUCUUAAACCAGAUGGAAACAAUGGUAACGAUCAAUCAAUGUCUAGUAGUCAUGACAACAAGAGCCCGGGUUCUCCACCCAAAGCAGAUGCUACGGCGGGAAUGAAAGUGAAACCUCCGAAAUUUGGCAAGGAUUUUAAAGUAGAGUUACGGUUUCCAAAGAUUCAGUACACGGAAAAGAUGGCUUACCCAUCGAGUAAAGAGUUUGAUGAGAUUCGAAUCGCAAUAACAUCCGCGAUCCUGCAGCUUUACGAAGAUGACGAUGAGUUUCAAGAAGUACAGCUUUCAUCAUUACGCAAUGGAAGUGUCAUUGCUACUAUUGGACUGAUCUUCGCAAGGGAAGGCCCAGGUCACCUCGACAAACUGACGUCAGCUGUUGCCAUGGGGAAACUAGGAGAACUCGACAUAUCGCGUGAUUAUGUUGCGGCUGGUACUCUACCAUAUGGAUACCUAAAACUAACUCGUCCACACCAGCCAGCAUUGCAAAGCCAGUGUCCACAACCGUGCUCGAACCCAACGCAGUGCUUCCCAACCGGUUGUCAAGUGAGCUGUUGCUCCUUUCAUACCACUCCUAUUACAACAACAAUCCAUCAUCAUCAUUACAUUAAACCAUUACAGCCACCACCACCAUCAACAUGUCCGGGUAACUGCGACUCAUCUUGUUUACCACAAUGUACUGAGCAGUGUUGCUGGAAUAAACAACCAAGCCUCCAGCAAGACGCGCUGCAAUCGGAUGUCAAUCAUCAAGAGUCGCAACCGGAAGUAAGCCACGCGGAAGUCAAACAACCGGAAGUUAAACAACCRGAAGUUAAACAACCGGAAGUAAGUCAACCGGAAGUCAGUUAUUCGAACCAAGGUUAUUCAUGUCCGGCAACGUGUCCAUUUUCGUGCUAUCCUCAAUGCACACCGGAAUGCUGCAGCACGCCAGGUUACUUUGUGACCCCGGACUGUUCAGAUGACUGUGCUGAGUUUUGUUCAGUGAGCUGCCCACAAGAGUGCUGUGGAACUAGAAAAGCUGUCGUAAACAAUAUGAAACAUGUUCCUCACCUAACUGGCCAGAGACUAUCACUUCCUUCUAUUGCAAGCCCAAAAAGUCCCAAAGUAUCUAAUUAUAUUUAUGGGCCCAAGUAUGGAGCCUUGCAGAACCCCCUUUAUGGAAAAGGAUUCAAACAGGGUACGAAAAUCCAGUACAAUCUCAAAAAUUUACAGGCUUAUCUUAAAAAAAUAUCACUGGCAUAUAGCAAAGCUCAUCCCAAGAACAGCAAAGGCCUGCAAAAUUUACCUUUGGGGGCCAAAGGUGAAUCCUUGAAGAAUACCUUGAGUUUCCAACAAAGGGCCAUGUACUUGCAACCAGGAAAAACAUCAUACAAGACAUUGCCAGCCCAACAUCUCCAAGCAACAAAAACAUUCAUCAAUCCUAGAUUUAACAAGGCAAGGUAUUCAUCUCAGAAUUAUCCAGGAAUGCAAGCAAUCAGAGACUUAAAAUCCAAGGGCGCACCAUUAGACAUCAGAUUUGCAUAUCGCUAUGGAAACAGGCUGCUUGUACCAAUUGAUAUGCCUAAUAUGGACAUUAAAGAACUUCGAGGGAAGAAGUUUAUUAGUGUGCCAGCUUUUAAGAGAACCAUGAAAGAUGGACAAAGUGACAAGCACUAGCUAUUAACUGUAUUGUUGUAAAACUGACACGCGCACACCUUUGAGCGUUUAAACACUGACUGUAAGAUUGAUAUGAAUAGACCAACUGCAAAUGAGCAUGCAAUUCUUUUGUUUUAUAGAAAACAUGAUCGUGUCAUUGACUACAACAGCUUACUACCAGAAUCUCUUGCACACUUUUUGUUCAAUUAAUUAGCACCAAUUGUCUUACUAUUGUAACUAGGUA